AUGGUUCCACAGUGACCAGGUGGUGACGGUGACUUCAGAUGGGACAACGAGAAAGUGUCGCAUUCAGGGAAUUACCGAAGACAAUGGGUUGCUUGUGGUGGUGGACCAGUCUAGUAAAGAGAAGUUGGAGCUUCAGCCGGAUGGCAACUCGUUUGACAUUUUCAAGGGGUUGGUGUAUCGGAAGAUCCAGUGAUUCGCAGCCAAAGCUGUUGCAGGAUAGGCUAAUUGUACAAUACAGAAUAGGCUAAUAAGAACAGGCUAACACUAUACAAAUAUACAAUGUGUAUUGAAGCAGCCAGCUAAAAAACAGUAUUUUAAAAAUAUGCUCUUAGGCCGUUUGUGGAAUCUAGUUGCAAAUGGACUUUGUGCUUACGCGACCGCGACCACAUUAUUUUGCUACUAAAUAACAUGAAGGUUCAGGUGCUAGAAUGGAAUGCUGUUGCUUCAUGGCACUGGGACUUGAAAGUCGACGACUCGGGAGUUGCCGAUGAGCUCUGUGGUAUUUGUCGAGUGCCCUUUGAUGGGACUUGUCCCAGCUGUAAGUAUCCCGGUACUGACUGUCCGUUGAUACUAGGUGAUGGGUGUACUCAUAACUUCCAUCUCCAUUGUAUACUCAAAUGGUUGGAGCAAGAUACUUCCAAAGGACUCUGUCCUAUGUGUCGACAAGUGUUUGUCUACAAGAGGAUAAAGAAUAUGGGCACUAGUGAAGAGCUUCAUAAUCUCCAGGUGCUUAUUGAAGGCCAUAAAGCCAUGCGGGAGAGAGAGAACGAGGAGAAUGAAUUCGAUCUGUUCGAGGAUGAUGUUCGAAUGACCGACUAGUUGAUAAAGAAGACUUCUCAAUACACCCUUUUACACCACUACGACCCCCUGAUGACUUAUGACCAUAUAGUUCAAUAUAUGCCUAUUAUCCUAU